AUGCUCGACGCCACCGUGGCCCGCUUCGCGCCCACCAGCGCCCUGUGGCUGUUCGACCCACCGGCCGAGCCGCGCGCCAGGGCCGCUCUGUCGACCGAUCAGCUGACCCUCUCCCUCCGGAAGACCCUCGACGCCUACCCGCAGUUGGCCGGCCAACUGCGCCGGGCGCCGUUCAAGGCCGACGACAGCGGCGACCACACCCAGCGCCACGGGCGAUUGCGCCUGACCUACGGCUCGGCCGACGACCCGGGCGUCGAGCUGGUAGUCGCCCGCUUCCCCGGCGCGGUGGCCCAAUUGGCCCCGAGUGCAACCGAGCGCGCAUCGCGUGCCGGCGGGUGGUGGGACGCGGGCCAGCUCCCAUCGGCCGAGCUGCUGUGCCCCGACGUGCCGCUGGCCCUGCACGACAUGUCGUCGGCCGACUGGGCGGGACUACCCUGCAUGCUGGUCCAGCUGACCACCUUCGACUGCGGCGGGUUGGCGAUCGGCCUCCGAUUCCCGCACGCGCUGGCCGACGCCCAGACCCUGCUGCGGUUCGUGCACGACUGGGCCGCCGUCAAUCGGGCCAUGGCCGCCCACGCACCGCUGCCCGAGCUCGCCUCAGUGUUCGACCCGCAGAUACUGGACCGCGCGGCCGCGGGCGACAUCGACGCCGCCCGGCCCGAUCCGGCGCUGGUCGCAGCCGCGCGCGCCCUGCCCCUCCACCGCUACGACUGGUGGGCCUCGGCCCGCGGAUGCCCCGCAUUCCUGGCCGACGCCGCCCGGGUUCCGGCCGAGCUCGACCCCGCCGCCGUCGGGCCGCUGGGCGUUCCCUUGCCCUGGGCCGAGUGGGACCUCGCCGCCGACGUCGCGCACCACGUGCUCUACUUUGGCGCCGACGAGGUGCAUCGCAUGUGGGAAGCGGCCACCGCCUCGACCGCCAUGACGUCUUCUUCGCCGUCGACGGUGCGCGUGAGCCAUCUUGAUGCGCUGCUGUCGCACGUGUGGGCGCUGAUCAUGAGGGCUCGUGGCCUGGGGCGCGACGAGGAGGCGCACCUGGACGUGACCCUGGGCCUGCGCGGCCGCCUGGCGCCGCCGCUGCCAGACGCCUUUCUCGGCUCGCCCAUCGUUGUCGCGCGGGUCACCGCUACCGGCGGCCAGGCCGCCGCCACGCAGCAGGACUCAGGUCUGGGCGCGAUGGCGGCCGCAAUUCGCACCACGCUCGGGCAGUUCAACGCCGCCACGCUGCCGGCGCUGCUCCACGAGGUGGCCCACGAGGCCGGCGCCCAGCGGCUGUGGCACGCCUUCCUGGGCCGACGCCACACGAUCGUCACCUCGUGGCUGCGCCUGGACGUCUACGGCGUGGACUUUGUUGGCGACGACGAAGGAGCACCACCGCGCUACGUGGAGGCGGUCAUGCCCAGCGUGGACGGGUGCGUGCAGGUCAUGGAGGCCGGGCACAACGACAACGACAACGGCGACGCCGGCACGAGCGUGUCGCUGCACCUCGCCGCCGACGUCAUGAACAAGCUCCUGCAUGACCCGCUACUGCGCAAGUUUGCGCCGCUUCCACGACAAGAAGAAUAA